UUUUCUUUAAAGACUGUAUCUCUUCCCAACCCGCUUCCCGAUGAUUCUCUGCUUGUAAAGCAGUUGUACCUGUCCAACGAUCCCGGUCAGCGGCUUUGGAUGCAAGACCUUGGCGAGCUAUCUGCAUCGCGUCCGGAGGUGGCAGCAGUUAAACUUGGUGAACCCUUUCGCACAUAUUCUCUAUCUCGUGUCAUCCAGGUCGGCGGGGAUUCCGGUCCAAUUAAAGCUGGUGACAUUGUCGAGAGUAUUACAUACUGGGGGGAUUAUUGCGUCGUAAAGAAAGACUCUGUCUAUGUCAAGAAGGAAAUACCCGGGUUCAGUCUCACUUCUACGCUUGGAAGUCUAGGAGUAUCCGGUGCAACAGCAUAUGUUGCAUUGCAUUCCAUAUUAAAGCCAAGGCCGACUGACACCCUCGUUGUAAGUGGUGCUGCAGGCGCCGUCGGAAACGUUGCUGUCCAGUAUGCCAAGAAAGUCAUGGGUAUAAAGCGUGUUGUCGGUAUUGCUGGUUCCGAAGAGAAAUGCAAGUGGGUGAAGAGCAUUGGAGCGGACGACGCAGUCAAUUAUAAGAGCCCGACCUUUGCCGAAGACCUCGCCAAGGCAACACCAGACAAGGUUGAUUCGUUCUUCGAUAACGUCGGAGGAAAAGCCCUUGAUGAGGUAUUGAACCGCAUGAAUCCCAAUGGGAUAAUCGCAGCCGUCGGCGUGACAUCUACGUACAAUAACAUAGAUCAUCCGAUGACCGUCAAAAACUACGUGAGGGUCGUCACAAACAGUCUGACAAUCCAUGGUUACAUUCUUGCGAAUUACUUGGACCGCAUCCCGGAGGCGACAGAAGCCCUAGUUAAUGCAGCAACCUCCGGAAAGUUGAUACUAGACGGUGCAGAGACGGUUGUGGACAUUCAUGACCGCCUGGAGGAGAUCCCUCGUAUCUGGGCGGAGAUGUUCACUGGAGUCAAUAAGGGCAAGGUAGUCACGAAGCUG